CCUUGGGUAGAAUGGUUUUCUUCACAAGUCAUGAAAACUCCACUCAGGCAAUUUCCUGAGCACAAAAGAUCAUUUCUUCCAUCAAAGAGUGAAGCUCAAAAAGUUUCAAAACUGGUUCAUGCUUUGAAAAUGGGAUGGAUUAAGUCGUCAGCUCAGUUGAGGAAAGAAAGAGCAGAGAAUAAUCCAAAUGAGCAACAGUUUUACAUGCUAUGGAAAACUGAUGAUCAAGCAGAAGAAAUGAGAAGAAUUCAAAAGCACAUUCCAGCACCAAAAAGAUUUUUACCUGGACACGCUGAGAGCUACAAUCCUCCUACUGAGUAUUUGUUUGAUAAUCGAGAGAUAAAAGAAUGGCACAAACUUAAAUCACAACCUCAUAAAAGGAAGCUUCAUUUUGUUCCUCAAAAAUACGAUGCGCUGAGAAAUGUACCUUCUUACCCCCGGUAUAUUAAGGAAAGAUUUCAAAGAUGUUUGGAUCUGUUUUUGUGUCCAAGAGCUAUAAAAAUGAAGUUGACUAUUGAACCAGAGGAACUAGUUCCUCAAUUGCCAAGUCCCAAAGAUUUACAGCCAUUCCCAACCACUCAAUCCAUUAUUUAUAAGGGGCAUACAGAUAUGGUGAGAUGUAUGACUGUAGAAGCAUCUGGUCAAUACCUUGCUACUGGAGGUGAUGAUAAUACUUUAAGAGUGUGGGAAGUAUCAACUGGAAGAUGUUUGAAAGUAGUGGAUUGUGGCGGAGUAGUAAGAAGUGUUGCCUGGUGUCCAAAUCAAAAUUUACCCUUAAUUGCUGUAGCAGCAGAUGAGCAGGUACUGCUGAUUAAUUCUGGCGUUGGAGAUCAUUUGAUUGCAAAGAAAGCAGACAAGCUUUUAGAAAUUAUUCCUGAAACUGAUUCUAUAGUUUCUGAAAGAGUUAAAGCUGCUGUACAGUGGCAGCAAAUCACUGAAAUAGAUAAUCCAGACCAAUGGAAAAAAGGUAUAAGAAUUGUUUUGAAACAUUUCAAAACUGUGAAACAAGUGACCUGGCAUGGCAAAGGUGACUACUUCUCUACAGUUAUGCCAGAUGGUCAAAAUAGAUCAAUUCUCAUUCAUCAGCUGUCAAAGAGAAAAUCAUUCAUUCCUAUUGGUAGACCAAGAGGACAAGUUCAAUGUGUACUGUUCCAUCCAAUCAAACCAUUUUUCUUUGUGGCCACUCAAAGACAUAUCAGAAUUUAUGAUCUUACUCAGCAAGAAAUGAUAAAAAAACUCUUGACAGGAUCUCAGUGGAUUUCUUCCAUGUCCAUACAUCCAGGUGGUGACAAUUUAAUUGUUGGGACAUACGAUAAAAAAUUGCUGUGGUUCGAUUUAGAUUUGAGCACAAAGCCAUAUCAAACACUUCGUCUCCAUGGUACAGGAAUUCGAGGAGUAGCAUAUCACAAACGAUAUCCUCUGUUUGCUUCAGGGU